AUGUUCUCCAGUCGCACCAACCUCAUGACUCGCUCGCUUCGCCGCCUGGCAGCUACGCCAUCUCCCUCUCACGCACCCUCUUCGGCCAGCUUUGUAGCACGAUUGAAAAAGUCUACCAACAUCACCGGUCUUGAUGUUUCUACUUGCCCUCUUGCCGAACUCGAGUCUCGAUACAGCAAGACUCUCUCGCUUCUCGCCACUCUUCCUGAAUGUUCUGUCUACCGUCAAGCUACAUCGGCACUCACCCAGCAGAGACUCGACAUGGUCAGCAAGGCAGCAGAAGAAGCCGAGGCAGUAAAGAACAACGCAGAACAACUCGAACAGGUCUACGAGAAUGCUGAGAAACAGUUGGACGCAGGUCAAUUAGAACAGCUCCUCGAACAAGCUCUCGCGGAAUACAGACUGGCUGCUAAAAUGGUUGACUGGAAGGCAUGGCAGCCACUCGAUCAUCCUCCUGCGCCAGGACAGUGGGCUUACUUCUCCAUGGCUGAAGAGGCUGGUGAAGGAGGUGAAGAUCAGAACGUUGGUGGCGGCAAGAACUAA